CAGAAAAAUUCAUCAGUCCAUCACACUUGCCUUUUUUUUUUCUUGUGUUAGUAUUAAAUUGGUAUUUAUCCAUUCCACUGUUGCUAUCCUCAUCAAGAAUCAGCCUACAAAGCUACUUUCUUUCUAAUGUUAGGUGUGGCUAAAUUUAUGUAAUCAAAAAAAAAAAAUCGAGAAAAUUUUAGGUGUCUUCAUUUUCAUGUGUAUAAGGCUAAACCCACCUCAUACAUACAACAUAUGACCAUAAAGAUACAAUCUUUAUGCCAUAAAUGCCCUUUCUGCAACAUCCAAAAAAAAAAAUUCCCAAUCUUCAUCACCUCUUCACUGUCUUUCCAAUAACAAAAACAAGAACAAUGUAUAAUAGUAGUAUAUAUAGUAUUUUCUUUUGUUAUGGUUUUCCAUUUAUGUGGGCUUUUUGGGGUUUGUCUUGGUCAAGAGAACCUUCUUGCCACCUCUCUUUCUUUCUCUAUAACUCCUUUUUUUUGUUUGGCCCUGUUGUUGUGUUGUUAUUAUUGUUUCUCCCCUCUUUACUUCUCUCUUAUCUGCCUCCUUUUGCUCCUUUUCUUGGUUUCUUUCAACUUUUUUGUCUCUUUAUUUCUCCAAGAUCUGAUCUUUUUAUGUGAAAGGAUUAGUUUGAUUCAUCUGUGAUCUGAUAUGUCUAAGAAGAUGAAAAGGGGUGCUUUGGAAUCAUCAUCUUAUGGUGUUUUUGAAGACACAAAGGAUAGGUUGAAACAUCAAACACUUCUGCAGGACUAUCAAGAGCUCCAGAAGGAAACUGAUGCCGCAAGGCACAAGCUGGAGGAUUCAAAGCUGAGGAAACUAAGAUUACAAGCUGAAGUUCGUUUCUUACGCCAGAGGCACAAGCAUCUAUUGCAAUCGAAGUCCUUAACAACUCCAAAAGGGAAAGAGCUAGUAUCCCUACCAAAUGUUGAAACUUACCCCAGGAGUAGGUCAAGGGAUCAAGUUACGAGAAAAAAGGAAGCCAAGCUAAACAAACUGCCCCCUCUUCCUGGCCCUAAACCAAACGGAAGGAUACAGGUUGCAAAGGUAGUUGCUUCGCAGAACAUACCCGAUAUUCAUGUGAACCAAAAGCACAGAUUAGGUGGUAGACAAGAAUCUGUUUUUCGCAAUGCAGAUUUAGAGUUGAACCGUAAAUCAAGAGUAUAUAGGGGAAAGGAUGUGUCAUCCCGAAAAGGAGCUCCAGCCUAUGAUUUGAAGCAGGAUGAGAGAUUGUGCAUCGCAGACAAUGCUAUCUUACAGAGCAGCUCGCCAACUUUUGAUUUAAAUCAGGAUGCUGGUCAUAGUGGCAAAGAAACUGCAUUGCCCACUCGUGCUCCGGUCUUUGAUUUGAAUGAGAUCUCGAUGGGAGAAGAGGAAAGAGAUGGAAAUUCUGAGCAGGUGCAGCUCGAGGAGCCAAAGAGAAGUCCAAUCCAAAACCUCAAUGAUGAUGUGAAGCUAUUGGUGUGUAGAAAUGUUGGAGAAGACACUUCUCGGUUGGGAAAACAAAAAUUAUCUUGGCAAGACCCUGUUGCUUUGAGGGUUUGAUCCGUCUUCCACCGUCUAGUUAAAUGUGGUAAGAAACUUGUGUGUUAAUGCUGAGCAUUGUCGAACUUGUGUUGACAUGUAGGCUAGCACAUUAUUAUCCUUUUAGUGUAAAGAAACUUCUUAUACAUGUAAUACAUGCAUACUAUAUGUUCAUUGCUAGCAACGAGAUGUGGUCCGUAUGAUUCAUCCUCUACAUUAUACACUAUAUUUUCUGGUGAAGCUAGGGAUUUCGCGUCCUCUCUUUGAUGAA